CCCUCCGCUGCUGCAUAGAUAACGUUUGCACAUUUUCCAAGAAAAAAUAACGGUCCGAUCACCGACUACUUCAUCGUGUGCACUUGUGUGAAGUGUUGGAUUAUUCACUCUUUAAAGACUUUGUAGUUAGACGGACUUAGCACAUCUUACAGUGUGGAUACACGUUUUUCUUCAGUAUGGGAGACAAAGGAUUUUCAGCGUUUCGUCUGAUCCUCUGCUUUGUUUCCUUUAUUGUAACGCUGCACCUCGUUCAUGGAGAUCUGAGUUAUUCUUUUCCAGAAGAGAUGAAACCACAAUCGGUUAUUGGAAAUAUCGCCAAAGAUCUCGGUCUUGAUCUGAGGACCUUAUCUGCUCGGAAGGCCCGUGUUGAUUCUGAGGGGACUCGUAAGCGCUACUGUGACAUUAUUCUGAGUACCGGAGAUUUGGUCACAUCGGAGAGAAUUGACAGAGAGAGUCUUUGUGGCAAGAAACCGUCUUGUGUUGUGAAAGUGGACCUGGUUUUAGAAAAUCCUUUGGAGCUUCAUCGUGUCAGUCUUCAUAUUCAAGAUGUGAACGACAACUCUCCGAAAUUCAGAGAGAAUUUGAUCAAAAUGGAAAUUAGCGAGUCAGCUGAAAGGGGAAAUCGCUUCUCGGUCGAGCAGGCUCAUGACGCAGAUAUAGGUCAAAAUGCUGUUCAAAGGUACAACCUUGAGAAGAAUGAAAACUUUAUUCUCGUUGUUGACAGUAACAAGGUCCAACUCGAAUUGGAAAAUAAACUUGACCGAGAAAAGCAAAAAGAGCUGAAUUUGCUUCUCACAGCUCUAGAUGGUGGAUCUCCUCAGAGAUCAGGUACUGUAGUCAUACACGUCACUGUACUGGAUGCUAAUGAUAACGCCCCAGUGUUCAGCCAGGCCGUUUAUAAAGCCAGUCUGCCUGAAAACUCUUCUCCGGAUACAAUCGUGAUUAAUGUCGGUGCUACUGAUGCAGAUGAGGGAGUGAAUGGAGAUGUGACGUACCAAUUUGGUCACGUGUCCGAAGAUGAUGUAAACGUAUUUUCUAUUGAUCACAAAACUGGAGAAAUUCGAGUCACUGGUGAGAUUGACUUCGAGGAAAUGAGUUCUUUCGAAAUGCUUGUCCAAGCCAAAGAUGGUUUAGGACUAACAUCAUAUGCCAAAGUUAUAAUAGAUAUUACUGAUAUAAAUGACAACGCUCCAGUAAUAUAUCUGAAAUCUCUGACCAAUCCCAUACCUGAGAACGUGUCACCUGGUACAGAGGUGGGCAUCAUUAACGUACAGGACAGAGACUCUGAGACUAACGGACAGGUCCGCUGCUUUAUUCAGCAAAAUGUCCCUUUUAAAUUGAUUCCUUCAAUUAAAAACUAUUAUUCUCUGGUGAGCACAGGACAACUGGACCGUGAAGUGGUGUCUGAUUACAACAUUACAAUCAGUGCCACUGACGAGGGCUCUCCUCCUCUGUCCUCGUCUAAAAGUGUUCAGUUAUCUGUAGCUGACAUCAACGACAACCCACCUGUGUUUGAGGAACAGUCGUACAGCGCAUAUGUGAGUGAGAACAACAAACCUGGCUCCACUUUAUGUUCGGUCAGUGCUCGAGACCCCGACUGGAGACAGAACGGUACAGUGAUUUAUUCUCUGUUAUCUGGUGAGGUGAACGGUGCCCCGGUGUCCUCGUAUGUGUCUGUGAACGGAGACACGGGUGUGAUCCACGCUGUGAGGUCGUUUGAUUAUGAACAGUUUCGGAGCUUCAAAGUGCAGGUGAUGGCGAGAGACAACGGUUCUCCUCCUCUGAGCAGCAACGUGACCGUGAGUGUGUUCAUCUCGGAUGUGAAUGACAACUCUCCUCAGAUUCUGUAUCCCGCCCCGGAGGGCAACUCGUUCAUGACCGAGCUGGUCCCCAAAGCUGCUCACGGAGGCUCUCUGGUGUCCAAAGUGAUCGCGGUGGACGCGGACUCCGGUCAGAACGCCUGGCUGUCGUAUCAUAUCGUGAAAUCCACUGAUCCGGGACUUUUCAGUAUUGGUGUCCACAGCGGAGAGAUCAGGACACAGCGAGACAUUUCUGAAUCUGACAGCAUGAAACAGAAUCUUAUUGUGUCAGUGAGAGACAACGGACAGCCCUCUCUGUCAGCCACCUGCUCCAUGUAUUUACUGAUUUCUGACAACUUGGCUGAGGUGCCAGAACUGAAAGAUAUUUCUUAUGAUGAGAAGAAUUCCAAGCUGACUUCAUACCUGAUUAUAGCACUGGUGUCUGUGUCCACCUUCUUCUUGACCUUCAUUAUCAUCAUCCUGGGUGUGAGGUUUUGUCGCAGGAGAAAGCCCAGACUGUUGUUUGAUGGAGCAGUUGCCAUCCCCAGCGCUUAUCUCCCUCCUAAUUACGCAGAUGUUGACGGCACAGGAACUUUACGCAGCACUUACAAUUAUGAUGCCUACCUGACAACAGGUUCUCGGACCAGUGACUUCAAGUUUGUGACAUCUUACAAUGACAACACUCUGCCUGCUGACCAGACUCUGAGGAAAAGUCCAUCAGACUUUGUUGAUCCGUUCGAUGACUUGGAUGCAUCAGAAGAGGUACGAGCCUCCUUUUUACCGGUCAUUAUAAAAGCGUUCUACUAAUCUGCUGAGCUUUUUAACGUCAUUCUUGCCAAGGCUAUUUCAAAGUGUUUUUUCUUUUUUUGUGUGACAUAGUGUAUUUGUUUGAUGAAUGCAAAAAGACACUUAAAAAAUGGCACCCCUUUUCAAGCAGUUUACUAUUUUUCUCCCCACAGAUUUUUAAUCCGUCGUUCUCUAUGAAAU